CUGCUUGUUGGCGGAAGGAAUAAUCCCAGGUCCGUUCCCAGGGGGUCACGUGUGAAGCUGACUUGAGGUCAAUAUUGAAACAGAGUGGAGAAUGGCCCCUAAGAAGCGUGUGCGGCAGAUCGCAGAGAUGGCCAGGAAGAUUCGGCAGUACCGUGCCCAAAAGGAGCGCCCGCGGGACUGCCAGCGCUACGCCCUGGACUACAACACCAUGACCCGACCGUUUACUGGGAAGCAGCUACCUGUGCUGGCCUGGGAGGACGUGCGCCGGGAGAGCCGUCUGUUCUCUCUGCUCAGCGGGAUGCGCCUGUUCGGUAUCGGCCGCCUCUUCACUAGGAAGUCGUGGCUCUGUGAGCACCAGGAGCCCUGCUACUGGACAGUCACCAAGGUCAGGGUAGACUACACUGCCGAGAAUAUGGACCAUGGAAAAGCUUGGGGUGUCCUGACGUUUAAAGGGAAGACAGAAAAAGAGGUGAAGGAGAUAGACAAGGCCAUGUACCACGACUGGCGUCUGGUUCCUCGACACGAGGAGGAAGAUUUUAAGAACUUCACCCCUGUGCCUGAGACAGGUGUGCGCUACGUGCCCUACCCACCCCUCCUCCGCGCCAUGAUCCUGGCACAGACUCACAAAGAGGGCAUGCCUGUGGGCCAGGAGCCUGCCAUUGACCUCCAGAGGAAUGGGCACUUUCCAAAGGACUAUUUCAAACGGAUGGAUGCCAAUCAGCAGGCAGAAGGGACCCCGGUAUGAGUGAUUUGGAAACUGGGAUCCCUGCUGAGAGAACAGAGUGCUGUGCAUCACGCCACAUGUUGCCGAAUGCACAGGGAAUGCAAUGCAAAAUGGGUUAAAUUCUAGUUCUGUGCAAAUUGAUAGAAACAGUCAUGUUAAGUUUGUUUUCCCCUUUAGUAAAUGUGUACCUACUGUAACUUUUAAUUCCAUAAAAUAAAAUUGACCAUUACUGAAGUAAAGCAAAUAACAUAAAAUUUA